GGUACAGACGCCAUGAAAUGAACCAAGGUAGCUAAUAUCUAGUUUGUCAAAUUAUUGAUGCGGUGGUUUGAAUCACGUUUGAAUUGAAGUGCGAAGCUUCGCAUUGAGUUUAUUAAUCGUAUAAUAGUGCAGCUAAAAAUAUCUUAUCAAUGGACUUAUAAAGUGUGUAAAUCAAAGGUGAUAUUAGUGUGAUAGUGUGUAAAAUUGGGAAUCAUGGUUUUGGCCGAACGAAGUAAUGAUGUUCGAAAUGGGAAGCGUUCGAGAGGACCAAGCCCAAAUGGUCACGGUAGCCCUGAUUCAAGCUCUGAGGAUGAAAAUGCAGUAGUGCCAUUUGCAGCUGAAAAAAUAAGAGUGGGUCGAGAUUAUCAAGCAGUAUGUCCUGAGUUGGAACCAGUUGAGCAGAGAAAACCAGAUCAGAUAUCAGACAGAGCUCUUCUAGUUUGGUCACCAACAUCUGACAUUACAGAUUUAAAGUUGGAUGAGUAUAUAACAACAGCAAAAGAAAAAUAUGGCUACAAUGGUGAACAAGCCCUCGGUAUGUUAUUCUGGCACAAACAUGACCUCAGCAGAGCGUCUAUGGACUUGGCAAACUUCACACCCUUUCCGGAUGAGUGGACGGUGGAGGAUAAAGUGCUUUUUGAGCAAGCCUUCCAGUUUCAUGGCAAAAGUUUUCAUAGAAUACGACAAAUGUUACCAGAUAAAUCAAUAGCAUCUCUAGUCAAGUAUUACUACUCAUGGAAGAAGACCAGAACUCGAACAUCCUUGAUGGAUGCAGUGGGCGAAGGCCGUAACCCCACCAGCUCGGGAACUGGUAAACGGGAGUCUGGAGCAGGUUCUGAACCUGGGGGCUCCGAUAAGGACUCCGACAAUGAUGAAAAAGGCGAAGGCGGCGACGCGACCAAGUGGUGCUCCGUGUGCGGGAUUCUGUGCACUUACACCACCGCGCACAACUCGCACAAGUUGUGCCAGGCAUGCCUUGUGCACGCCAGACGCACGGGCUCGAUGCGACCGCUGUGCGGGCCCUCGGGGCGGCGCGGGCCCGGCUCGAAACAGCAGCGGUACAAGCACCGGCUGCCGCGGGGCAUUUACCUCAAUCACGACGAUCUCGUUGCCAUGGCGACCGGCCCGCAGCCCGGCGACGCCACGCAACCGGGCCUGGUCAAUCAGGGCGAGGCUAUGCUCAAAGCGAUGGACAGAGAAAUUAUCUCGCUCAAGAGACAAGUCCAACAACAUAAGCAACAGUUGAGCGCGAUGAAGCGCAAAGUUGGCGACGCCGGUGUUGAGGAGCUUCGGCCCGGGGAGCCCCCCGCAAAGAUCAACUCGCGAUGGACUAACGACGAACUACUCAUGGCAGUCACGGCAGUCAGGAAGUAUGGUAAAGACUUCCAAGCCAUCGCAGAGACGCUCGGCACGAAGACGGAGGCGCACAUCCGCACGUUCUUCAUCUCGUACCGGCGCCGCUACAACCUGGACGCCGUGCUGCGCGAGCACGAAGCCGACCGCGGCAACGCUAACCACAUACAACCCGGUACAACAAGCACAGAGUCUACAGACAACGAUGUUGCGAACACAACCGCAAAUAGCGGGAGUGGAUCAACACAGGCUAAGGAUGAGAAAACGGAAGUGGACAGCGAAGGCGUAUCCAUCGGCGCGUCAGCGGAGCAAGGCGGUCCGCCCACCACGCCGCCCAAACACAAGCCCGCCAAGUGAUGCCCACCAGUCAAGCGGCAUGCCAGAUAAACGGUCACACAUACCACAUGUAUUGUAUACUAGCGGAUGCUUAUCACCCUUCGAAUUUUAGUAUUCUUUGUAUAGAAAGUCAUACAAGUGCGUUCACUGAUCCGCAUCGAACGGAUUUUACCUACCGUAAAAUUAAAAAUCCGUUUGAUGCGAUACGUCCGAUACCUACGAUGCGGAUUAGUGGACGCCUGCCAUAAUCUGACGCUGUCACAAAAACCUUAAACAAUAACCACAAAAACUUAGCGAACGUUUAAUAAUUACUACAAAUAACUUCCCUGCUAAAUUUCAUCUUUGUGCGUCAAGUGGUUUUCGAUUUAUCGUGAUAUUUAGAAGACUAGCGAACGUUCGCGACAUCGUCCGCGUGAAAUUCAGAUAUUUCACAAAACCUGGAACAAUGGCUUUGGCUAUAUUUAUUUUCUUAUAAAUCAUGGUAUGAUUACAAUAAUACUAUCUAUAUAAUAAUAAAUAAUAAUACUAUAUAAGAAAACGAUUUUUAUCCUAAAAAAAAAAACAGUAAAAAUCUAUUUCAUUCGAACAGAACUGUGGGCGUCGGAUAGUCUGUUACAAAAACUAUAUAAAAGUCUACAUGUAUUUAUAUAUUACAUUGUUAGACAGUUGUAUCUCAAUCAAAGAUAUAUAAAAUCAGUGGAAUAUCUAUUUUCACAUAUAUUAUGCGUUUAACAAACAUUUAGUAGAUUUUUUUUUAUUUUUCGCCGGGCGAUUUCAGUCUGUUGAUCUGUUCUUGAAGUAGUGAAAUUAUCAGAUAUAGGAUAUUGAAAACUGUUGUAAAACGUCACCAUUGCAGUAACUAAAAUUCUACGAGGAUGAAAGAUAUUUUAGUUUUUGAUAAAAUCAAGUGUAUUAAAUUUAUUUUUACCUUUGAAAUAAGAGGUUCAUGAUCAGAAAGGUUUGAAAUGAUUCUUACAUUAUUUGAAUCAUGGAUAUACAUGAAGGUUUUGAUGGAUAAUUUUCUAUAACCAAUAAAUAUACCAUUUAUAUGAUAAUCACAAUAAUAGGAUAAUCACACAUUUAAGUAAACCUUAUAUUUGUCGUAAACUACAUAAAACCCCUAUGACCACUAUUUUAACGCAGGGCGUAACAUUGAUUAAUAUUAUGUGUGCGAUUGUUUUGUAUAGAUUUAAAGAAAAAAUAUAUUCCCAUUAUGAAAAUAUUUAUUUUUUUAACAUAGAUUUUGUAACAGAAAUGUUACGGUACAUAUACGGUACUUUACUUUAUCACAAGUAAAUAAAUAAGGCCGAUGCCUCAUUACUGCGUUGCGUUGCAUCGUCGCAACGGAUCAAAUAAUAGGGAUGAUGUCAGUUUUUUUAAAUUGUAUAUAAAUUAGGAGUAUGUAACAGGAUAUCUACGAUCAUUACUUUACGGAAGGGAUUUCAAGGGUCAGAUUUGCGGUGCUGCCACGGAUCCCAGAUAAAAGCCCCAUACAAAAUGGUACGAUUUAAUGACGUCGUAGGUUAUAAUGAUCAUUAGAUUUGAAUGGGCCUUCAAACAAAAUUACUAAUAACUAUAAACAUAAACGCGAAAAUAACAAAAAGUUAUUUGUGCGUUUAUGUUUAUAGUUCAUGUAUUGAAAAAGAUAAAAGAUAUUUAAAAGAUUUUGAAAUUUUAUAAUCUUAUUUAUUUUAUAAAGCAAAUAUCCAGACAAUAUUUGUAUGGAUGUUAAGUAUAAAUUAGUUAAACAUUGACUUUAUUUACCCGAAUGUUUCAUAAAAAUCAAUAUAUUCAAACCUAGUCAUUAUCCCUAUUGCAGCUCAAGAGGACGAUGCACGUCAUUCUCGACAAUAGGCUAGUUGACGCAUUUUUUUAAACAGUCUUAAAUUGUUAAUUAUCGUCAUAUUAGAUCGUAAAAACUAUAUUGUAUUUUUUUAGACAUUAAUACUUCCAAAGGAGGUCACAUUUAACAUGGAAAUCUUCAUUGUUGAAUACUACAUGAAAAAAAGUUCAUUUUUGGAGGAUUAAAUUACAACUAACUAUUUGUUGAAUAAAUAAAAGAUAUUUAUUAUACGUACACCACAGAUAAAUAACUUAUUAUCAGGUGAUCAUUUGUUUUCGAGUUUUUAUAUCGGAUCGGAUCGGAUAUGUGAACGCAUACGUUUGCAACGACGCUGCGACGACAACUUAUCGCAACGCACUAAUGGGACCAGAGCCUUACCGUUUUACGAGUACAUUAUGAAAUAACUUCAUAUGCUGCAGCAAUUAAUAUCCAUGACUUUUUUAAACAUAAAAUAUAAUAUUAUGGAGAUUUUCAUUUCCGAUAGCUAUGCGAAAAUUCUUGAACGUCUCACGAUUAUGUACAAAUUUGUACAUAGAAUUUUGUAAAUAUUAAUUUUAUAACUGUAAUGUGACAUAAGGUAAUAUCGAAAUAUCGAAAAUAAAAAUAGUUAUUUGUAGAUGUUUGUGUUUACCGUCUGUAUAACGACUAAGUAUAGUUACAAUACGUAGAUGUUAUAUAGAGUUGUAAGGUUAGCUUUGUUCCAUAUCCACUGGCCUCAUUAAUUUAAGAUAUUCAAAAUUAAAAGACCAAUACUAAUAUUUGGGCGGAUAUAUUUAAUUUUGAAUAUCUUUUAUAUAUCGUAUACUCGCAUGUCUAAAGUACUAUCCUAAUAUUUAAUAUAAUAUAGAGAUAAAAUUAUUAUUAUAUUUUGCACAUUUUAAGUUUUUAGUCCUGGCUUCCUUAUUCUUACCUGUUCCAGAUAUGGUACAUAAUGUUUUUUUAAUUAUCUUAACAGAGAAAAACGUGUGAUUUUUUUCAUUUCUUUACAUACUGUUGUGUAAGAAAUAAAAAAUAAGCGAUAUGUAUUGACGGAAUAAUUAAAUUAUCUAAUAAGAAAGUUAUUCGAAUUUCAUACUUGAAAUUAUUGUUAGUAAUAAUGGGCGGUCAAUAAAAUACGUCAUAUGUUAAGGCGGGGGUAGUGGACAAGGGGGAAGGGCGUCCAAAGUAUGAUGACGUCACAUUUAUUAAUAAGUUUGACGUCGACGUCGAUGACGUCACUUUUUUAAACACGCCCACCAAAAAGGAGAUCUUUGAAAAAUUACAACACAAGAUGCAUAAGUUAGUCAUCCCUCCUAAUGUAUAUAAAAUUACAUUUUUCUGGAAUGUUUAAAGAAAAAUAAUAUUAAUAGAUAGCUAGACAAGUUUACGUAGAUUAUAAUUUAGGAGUAAUUUUUUAUUGCCAUGUAUGAAAUUUUAAGAAAAUAACAGUUUUAAUCAUUAGGACCUAUUAAGUGAAUCGCAACUAUGAGCAGGAAACUCGGUAAUAGUAUUUAUAACUAAAUAAACGCUUCAUAUAAAAACUAUGACUAUUAUAUAAAAACAAAUAUAUGUCUGUAUCUAUCUGUCAAUAUAACGUAUGUUUAUUAUAAAGAUCAUUAGCACGUCAUGGAAAUGUAUAUUUGCCGUAAACCCAACACAAACGUUGACUAAUUACGAAUAAUUACGUAAAAGUAGCCGAUAACCUUAGUGAAGUACGACAUUAACUGUAGUACAUUAAAAUAAAUAAAAAAAACUAAUUUUCAUGUGCGUUGAACUAACACCAAAACUGAA